GGAAGCGAGGGGAGGGGCAGGGGUUGUACUAGAUUCAGUCUGUGCGUAAUGUAGUGCUCAAGGGGUCUCAGCAGGAGAGUCCCAUUUUAGAAACAAAAAAGGUGCAAAUGACUAGAGUGAACAGAGACAGGAUGAUAUGAGAGGCAUUUAUUAUUUUUGGCCACGGCUACUACUGCGAGCGAGCAAAAAAUAUCGAAGCAUCCUGCACACAUUUGUAUUUCUGUCUGCAGGAUUUGGAUAUUGCAUCCUGCUUGGCAGCUAUGCUUACUCAAGACAUCAUCAAUUAGCCAGAUCUAGAAAUAUUAAUACCACCAACUCUAGCACACAGAAUGGUGCAAUGCAAAAUACUGGCUCUAAAACCCAGAAAGCAACCAUUUCCUUUAAAUCUGGCAAAGUAAUCCAACUGGUAAACAAUGAGCCAGAAGAUGAUGGAUACGAUUUAGAAGACUUAGAAUCAGAACUAGAAGGGAGACGGCACAGAGUGUGGGAAGUAUGCGUUGCUCGUGGCCUGAACACAGAGGGAAAGCCAAAUGCAUGGGAAUUUUUCAUAGAUCCUACACACAGUCUAAUUUGGUGCAACAUAUUUAAAGCUGCAAGUUCCACAUGGCUAUAUAAUUUCAAUCUGCUGGGAGGCUACAAAGAAAAGUAUCUACGCCAGUCCAAAAAAAAUCCUCUUGUUUUAGCCAGAUCCAAUUUCCCAAGGCCUACCAUAAAGCAACUUCAAGAAGCGCUCCCUAAAUCACUUUCUUUCCUUAUUGUGCGCGAACCAUUUGAACGUCUGCUAUCGGCAUACAGAAAUAAGAUUGAAGGUCUCCCACAUCGUUUCUACCGCAAAAUGGGCAGAGAAAUAGUUGCAAAAUAUCGGAAAAGUAAUUCACCGCCCAAUGUUAUAAAUCCUACUCCAACAGGACCUACAUUUUCUGAAUUUGUGAAUUAUAUAACAGACACAGCAGGAUCUUACAAAGUGACAAAAUUUGAUGAGCACUGGGCUCCAUAUUACUCAUUCUGUACACCUUGCCAAGUUAACUUUACUGUCAUUGCAAAACUUGAGACUCUGACCCGUGAUCAGGAAUAUAUAAUCAGAAGAGCUGGACUUGAAAAUAUACUUAAACUAUCAAGGCACAAAGACAGGCCUAAAAUGAUUCUGAAUAAAGCAAGGGAUGGCAAAAACACCAACGAUUUAACAAGAAGAUACUAUGGUCAACUGUCAAAGAAGCAGCUGAAGAAAUUGCAUUAUAUUUAUGGACUCGAUUUUGAAAUGUUUGGAUAUAAUGUCACAAAAUAUUAUGAAAUAGUUAAGGAAGAUACAUAAAUCCAUGCGCAUGCAGAUAUGGAUGUAUCUAUGAGUGUAGGAAGAUUGUUUUGCUAAAAAAGAAUUUGGUACCUGAUUAUAUCAAAAUUAUUCAUAUUUUUCUAUCCUACAACAUAUAUCAUAUGAUGUAUAAGCAGAAAAGAUAAAACCAUGCCACUUAAACACCACAAUAUUCAGAAUAACUAAAGAAAAUCAGAGAAAUUGUAGGUCUAUCAACAUUUGUUGUGGACAAUACAUUCCAAAAGUGAGAUUGUGUAAUGUAAUUUUUGUACAUGUUAGUGUCCUAUAUUUUUACUUGACGUACUACAAAUUACAGCAGCUCAGAUACUGGGAUCAACAUUUAAGAAUAUGCUCAUUAUAUAUGAAAGUAAACAGAAAUGGUAUUUAGUUAAUAGGAUUACACUCAAAACAUAAAAGAAAAGCACAUCUACAUUAAAGGUGUUAAAACUCAUAAAUCUGCUGCUAAAGUAUAUGAAAAUUAGUCCGCAUGUAAAAAAUAUUUUGUAUACUAUAUACAUUAAACAUAAAUCUAAAAAAAUGGGCGAGUUUAGUUAUCUGCAAAAGGAAGUGAAUUCUGACAGUUCUGAGAGCUGUGGAUAUUCAUAGAUAUAAAUUUCCACAAUGCAAUGCAUAAAACAGAAGCAAUUAUAUGUGCAUAUUUAGAAUAAAUAAUUUCUGUGUUGAGUCAGUUGUGAAUACCAAGUACAGAGACACAAGCAACAUCAACAAUAUUAAAUAUUCAUGUUUUAACUUGUCAAUAAGAUGUGCAAUUAUAAUUAACACAUUGAAAUGUGAAAAAUAUCCAUUUCCUUCUGAGGAGCUGUAAGCUUAAUAGAUAUAAGCAGAUAAGAUCAUAAACAGCACACUGAUAUUUAAUACCUUGAAAAACAAGAGAACUUUCAGCACUGCAUCGCCAUUUCAAUUCAGUAAAUUUAAUUACUGCAUACUUACAGUAUAUAUGUUAGGGUGCAUUUAAGUAGGUGUUCAAAUGCUGAUUUUUCAGAUAUGCAAACAAAUUUUGACAGAAGUCACCUACAAUCAGCAUUCUACUUAUAAGUAACAGUUCACUCAAGAAAUGUGUGUUGGUUGAAAAAAAAACAACUAUGAUAAUUCAUAUUUCUAUUCUGUGUGCCUAAAUUUACUUUUCCAGCUCCAUAACUGUAGUUUUAAAUCUGUUCAGUUAGUGAUUUUCAAUGAUUAAUAAUUAAGUAAUCUCAUUUGUUACCAAUUGUCUGUUCCCUAAUUUUUCAAUUAACUCAAGAUUUUACUUUAUUGUCAGUCAAAUUUUAUUAGAGUUUUCAGUCAUUUUACCUAGGAUCCACAAGUAUUAACUAUCACUUUCACGUAAAUGAUGCACAGUACAAUGUUGUGGAAUAAACUGUAAGACAUUAAUGUUUGGAAAACACCAAGCAGCUGUAGAAUUGUCCCACAUCAUUGCCACAACUGGAAUAAACCUUCCCGCCCCACAACCGAUACUGAUUGAAGGCCACUGAAGAAAAUAGGUAUUGUUCAACCAUAUAUUCUGUAGACACCCCUCCCCCUUGAAGCAGACAACACAGAGUGGAAAGAUGUCAAAAGCCUAGUUCACAUGUGUCCAAAUUUAUAUAUAUAUAAAAAAGAAAAGUCAUGCGUACAGAUAAUCAGGACUUCUCUUUACUAGUUCCAGAUUUUUCCAGAGUUCGAAACUAUUCACAAUUAUUCCUCUUGUUCCCUUUUCUCCUCCAAUUAUAUAAUUUUCUAAAACUACUGAAGCACGGCACAAACAUUAUAAAAUGAAGAAUACUUUCUGUAAAGUUAUUCCAAUAAAAUUUAGAUAUUGCCAUGUGAUUAAUGUGUUCAAUUUGGAUUCUGACGUACUAUAAAUAGGAAUGAUAAACUCUUUAAAGAAAUUUAUAUAACAUGGAACAGCAAAUGCUAUGUGUAUAAGACUGUAAGAAAAGUAGAACUGUCCCACUACAUGUUACUGGGGCACCUGAAUGGAGAGGAGGUAUAGCUUCUACUUGUUCUUCAUCUUGGCACUAGAUGGGAGUGAGUGAUCAGUGUCACACCCUGGCCAUGAUUUACCCCUGGGGAAAGGACCCCCAUACCCACUGAAUAUAAGGCUAGGUGGGCCCCACAGUCAGUCUGGGUGAAAAGGUUAGAAGAACAAUUCUUUGCCCCUGUUGAGAAUCAAACUGCAGUCGUCCAGUCCAAAGUCAGACACUUUCGUGACAGCUACUCUGACUUGUACAAGGAUGUAUGUACUAUUAUCUGAGCCUGUAUUACUUCUGUAUACAUGAUAGUAUUUUGGAAAACACUAAUUUAUUCUCAAGUUCUUGCACAUCCCUCAUAGCAUUUGAUAUUUGUAUAGAAUUAAAUCAAAAUAAGAUGACUCAUCACCAUAAAAACCUUAAAUCCUACUAAAUCAAGAUAAUAUUCCUAAAUUACUGACAAGAUCUCUCAAAGGGAAUGCUUCUAAAAUGUGUUGUAAUUCUUAGUUAAAACCAUACAAAUAAGCAUGGUUCACAUUAUUUUAACUGCAGGUGAUACAUCUGUUUGUCUAUCCAGAGUAACAAACUUAAUGUUACAAACUGCAUUCCAUUAAGAAUCUCAAAACUGUUGUAUAACUGGUCUUUUAAAGGUACAGGAGCAAGCAAGUGGUACCUACUUAUUUUCUGUCUGUAAUGUUUUAACACUCAGAUAUUUGCUUAACCUGAUACUUUGCACAAGCCUGUCUGGUUCUGAAAAGAGUUAGUACAAAAUACCACAUUAUAACUUAAAGAACUAAGUAUAAUUCUUGGAACAUGCAGGGCUUAAGAAAUUGUAUACCAUAAUAAUUUUAACACAGAAACUGCCAAAAUAUGAACGCUCCAUUUAACUCAGAAAUAACGAACAUAGAACAAUUAAAAAUUUCUACCUGAGGCCUAUAUAGACUAUAAAUAUGGUACCAAAAAUGGAAUUUAUCACGAAGAAAUGAAAUAUGGCAAUAUUAUGUUUAAGUGCAAUAUUUAGCUUCUUGGUUUAUCUUACAUAUUUUAGUUAUUUCCUUUUGAGAGAUUUUAAUCAUAACAGAAAUUCUAUAUCAGUCAAGUGAUUUCCUUACCCAAACAUCUGGAUAAUCAAAACUGUUCAGUCCACUAACACAAUAUAUUUAUUAUCCUGCCUAUUCAUCUCAAAUGAAAACUAUUCUGAACAACAAAUUUUCUUACCAAAUUUUAACAGAAAUUUUUGUUCAAAACCAUCAAAUACUUCAAAACGUAAGCAUUUAUCACAGAAAAUACUGGCUAAGGAACUCACAAUUUGUAAAAUUAUUAUUAACAUGAGCAGACAAAAAUCUGGAGACUGGAAUGAACUGGAGAAGUUUGAAAAUCACACACUAAAAUAUUGCCUCUUCUAAGACAAUGGUCAUCAACUAUCAAAUGAACUUGUCACUGAAUGUCUCCCAGAAAUUAAGAAUGUCAAUGAGAAAAUAACUUGACUGUUACUGAGAGCUGUAAAUGAUGCUAAAAACUUGACACUUGCAACAUGUUAUCAUCCUGUGCCAUUAUCUUCUCACUCAUUAAUCCAUCUGUAAAUAGUUUCUGACAGAAUGCUGCACAAAUAUUCCAUUGCCAAUAUAACUGUCUAAUUUCAAUAAUAUGUACAUAUAUAAAAUUAAAUAUAUCACAACUGUAGCAUUCCUAAAUGCCUUUUUAAAUAUAAAAUAUGGGACUCUGGGUUCAGUCAAUCCACUGCCCAUAUUAACAAUUUUUAAUAUUCAGAAGCAGCUGCCAUUCUGAUACUUACAGAUGUACAGAUUUUUACAAAUACUAUAUAGGUGUUACUUUUCACACACUCGCAGUGUUUUGUAUAUACAAGCUUUAAAAACAAUUUUUUUAUAAAAUUCUCAGUGUGAUAUUUUGAUGGCUCAUUUUAAUAUUUUUGACAAUCACCAUAUAUUCUCUUUUUCCACACGGUGCAUUCAUGGCCAAUGCAAAGCUUAAUAAAGUUCUGUCCUUUUAUUUUAAAACGAUAACUAUUUAGACAAAUGUGUGAAGUCUUUAAUGUACUAACAUAUAAAGUGAAGUUAAACAUUUUUACUGUUCAUAUUAUAUGCUCAAAUUGGAAUACAGUAGCAAGUAGAAGUUAAAACACUAUCAAGAGCUGUCCACUAAUUAUGUAGUGAAACUCAACGAAUGAGAACCAUGGGCAUGAAGCAUCAGGACUAGAAUCAAUUCACAAGCUCCAAAAAUAUAUAAUAAUUAUGUAAAGAGGUUCCUUGUUUCAGUAGGUCAUUAGAUUAGCAUAAAUCACUAUUUCUAUCACAGACAGCAGCUACAUUUCUUUUGAGCUGGGACUAACGUUACCAUAUGAGUGAAAGCAACCAAUUUCAAAUUCUCAACAAUGCAAGAAUGUCAUGUAGCAAUAAAUAUGCAAUUCCUCAGUGCAGAUAAUUAUGAAAUAUAUGAGGAAGAUAAUUACACUGAUCUAAUCUUGGUAACAGAAACCCAUGGCUCAAGAGGAACAUGUUGCGGUACAUGUUGGUGGUUCAAUUUCAAAGCCUGCUUCUAAUAAAUGUGAUUAACGGCUGUAAAACACUACAAUUUUGGCAUGUUUGCAACAAAGCACUGGAAGUGUAGUAACGAAUGAUAUGAUAAGGCAUAAAAUUUAUUAGGUGUAUUUAGCAUUUCUUGAAAGCAGAUGCCCCAAUAAUCAAUGAUCAGUGUUCCAGUAUAUUUGAGAAAUUUGUACUAUUGAAACAUUUCUCUAUGUUCAUCUGAAAUGUGAUUACUUGUCAGGAACCUAAUUGAAUGUCAAAAGUAUAACAAAUCUUGUCUCUUCAUAUACAUUUUGGUAUGUGGAACUAAUGUGGAGAUGAAUCUCUGGAGAAAUUAUCAAUACAAUGUUUAAUGUGCCAUUUUAUACUAUCUAUAUCUUGCUGAAAUGUAUUUAAAUGCACUAAUAUUUUAUAUGUAUAUACCAUGCUGUAUAUGUGUUUAUUAUAAAAAAAAUAAAGUAACAGCCAAAAAUA